AUGGGAGGCAAAAAGAUCUCGGAACGAUCCAUCAAGAAAAAGUCAGGACCAACCCAUCCGUAUUCUAGGAGGGCCACACAGCUCGCAAGAGUAGCUCACCGCAAGGACAAGCUCAAUCACGCAAAGGCUCUCCGCAGCCGCUCCUCGAGCGCCAAAGUGGACCGUCUGUCUACGCUCAUCCUCAUGCUUCCAGACGACCUCGAGGCUUUACCAGAUCUAGCCUCCGUACAUGCCUUUGUCGCAGAUACCUUCCUUACGCGCCACAACGACGAGCUGCAAGAACUCCAGUCAGAAAGAAGACCCGGCCGACCUCCUCACAAACGCGAAAUCGAGCUCAAAGAGACAAUUGCCAAAGAAUUGCAGGAAUACAACGAAGGAAUCGAACUUCCCGACCUCACCAAUCCAACCAAUGUCAAGCUGCUUCGAGACUGGCAGGGUGACCCACAAGCACUGCCACUCUUCCGCAUGGUUCGCAUUAGCGCCAAGUACCCCGAGCAGUGUAUACUCAUGCACCCGGGUACGCACAAGCUUCUUCAGCUCGAGCUCAAGCAACAAAAUGCGGCAGACACCGCUACCGCAGCAGAAGCUGAGAUGGACACCUCUGACAACGCUGUCCCAAAAACCAAUCCCGACUUCCAACGUGUCGGCGAAUUUGCGCAAAUGGGCUAA